GAGAGCAUGGAAUAUGGAGAGAGGAGGGUGAUUACAGAUGAGGGAGAGAGAGGCUGAGAGUGCUACUCAACGGCAAACACCGGGGGUGAGCAAGUUCAGAUGUGAGAGAGAAAAGAAGAGAAGGGAGAGGGAGAAACAUCAAAUCUGUCUGAGAAAGGUUAACAGGACUGACUGACUGAGUAGAGUGGGAGUGUAAAUGUAAAAAGCGAGUGGGAGGGAGAGAGAGAGAGAGAAGAGAAAAGGAGGGAGAGUGUGUCUGAUGAUAGUCUGUAGAGCUUGUCUGGAUGCUUCUGUUCAUUCUGCUGUGUUUCUUGCUUUUUCACCUGCGAGGACGACACAAGGCAGACAGAUCGUGAUGACACUGGACCUCAUAUCUGCCCUGCUUGCCAUAAGACUAAUGGAGUCUGCAUCAAAUGAUAACAACACCACCUCAACUCCUGCAGGAGGACACGCAGUACCAGUGUGAGUGACAGGCAGUGUGAGCCAAUGAGCUUCACACCGAGCCCGGCUGCCGUCCCAGACAGGGACAACCUUCCGCUGAAGAAGAGGGACCAAAGACUGAGCUCACCAUCACAGCAGCAGCAGCAGCAGCAGCAGUGUGAUGCUGCAACAUUUAAGGCACCGUAUCCAUACAAGAACAACAGUGACUUUAAGUCAACACACACAGGCCCAUUUCAGCCUGUUCCGAGGCGCGUUCCUGCUCUGUACCAGCCCUGGACGCAGCUUCACACAUCCAGUAGGCCCACUCCUCAUACGCUAUCUGCAUUCAGGGAGCCUCAUGGCUGGACAGAGUGGAGAGAGUUCAACCCCCUGCACUCCGGGUGGCACUUUUCCCAGCACUAUCAGCACAACAGACACUCAUCUAGCACACCUGUAGUCCACCCGGGCCAUCCACACCAGCCCUCUUUGGUCUCUGAUGGUCUCCACAUGGGUGAAAGGUACGGCUGGGAGCAGCUGAAGAUACUAAGAGACAGGGAUCGGCAGAGUAAUGGCCGAUACAAAGGACCAUACACAAGGAGAAGAGAAAGGAAGGUUGAUUUUUAUCCUAGGGCUGAAAAAAUAACUCCACCAUCGUUGAGCAUUUGCCUACCUCACUCUCCACACGAGGACCAAUUUGACUUUGUCAGGCACUCUGUUUCUGGAGGUCCCUUCAGAAGAGUUUCCCCUGGCGAUGACUCAAACACCUUAUAUACCUCCAUGAAAGAGGAUGCAUCAAGAUCUCCACCUGUGCCCUCUUCCAAACACGCUUCUUCUUCUUCUUCUUCUUCUUCUUCUUCUUCUUCUUCUCCUCCUAACCAUUUCCCUUGGCUGCUCCCUCACUUUGUGGCCGGCACACUCAUCGAGCUCAGAGACGGGCGGCUGAGACGAGUGGAGCACCUGCAGACGGAGGACUUCCUGCUGGGAUCACUGGCCUGUCCAGACCUGCGCCUGAGCUGCUGCACAGUGCAGAACAUCUCGACGCCAACCUCGCCCUCCUCCAUCUCGCGCCUCCUCGUCCUACUGCACGACCUGCAGUCGCAGGAGGUGGUGGAUGUCUACAUGGAGUAUCCGUUCUUUGUGCGUGGGCAGGGCUGGUCCUCGUGCAGCCCUCAGAGAACUGCCCGCCUCUGUGGCCUGCAGUGCCGUCAGCUCAGUGUGGGGGACGUCUGCCUGGCCCUCACGCCCGUCUCAGCCACACAGCCUCCACCAUCAGCUACCCUGGAGCCAAAAACCUCAGCCAGGAAGUCAGCGGGGGGGUUUGAGCCCCUAAAGCUAUCACAACCACAGGUUCUCCCAGAGCCGCAGGAGCCAGCUGGGGGGGAGAGGAGGGUGGCAGUGGCAGGGAGGAGGAGACACUGUUCAGCCCCUGAUCUGAGACACCCAGAGACUAAUUGCAUGUAGAAAGGAAGGCCACUUGUUUAUGGGCAGAUAACAAGUCAGUCUCUGUAUUAAGCGCCGCUAUCUUCAGCCUGUAUUUUUUUUUUUUUCUGUUUCUCUCUACCUCCUGAAUCGUAUAUCUGUGCAUGACUGUAUGUAUGUUUUUAAAUGACAUCUAAGGAGUAAAUCUGAAGCAGCACAAUAACUGACACGAUCCUCAGGAGGACUCGUGAGCACUUGCUGUCCACAUUAUUAGGUACACUUGACACUUUAUCAAGUGGCAGGAGUGGCACCUGGUGUGGUCUUCUACUGCUGUAGCCCAUCUGCUUGAAGUCAUGAUGUGUGUUGUGCAUGAAGAGAUGGUCUUUGGUUGUCAUGAGUGCUUAUUUUGAGUUACAAUUCUGUCGUCUCGAACCAGACAGGCCAUUCUCCUCUGACCUCUGGCGUCAGCGAGGCAAUGUUUCCUCUUUUUUUCGGACCAUUCUCUGUAAAACCUGGAGAUACUCGUGUGUGAUAAUCAGUUUCUGAAAUACUCACCAUGUCUACAUGGAGUUGCUGCCAUGUGGUUGACUGAUGAGACAUUUGCAUUAAGACGCAGUGACACAGGUGUACCUAAUCGAGUGGCUAUGCGUGUAUUUGUAAAGGUACGUCAGCAAUGAUUGCAUUAGUUGAAGUUAAAAAUGAAAUCUUCAAAAAGCAAAAAGCUCAAGAAGCCUCUUCUCCUGUAACACACAGAACCUCUGUAAGACUAAGCAGAGGCAGUGAGUUCGAGGGAAAGUGUGCAAGCUUAAUGCAUAUGUACUGUAUGUGGGAAUAAUAUUGUUUUAAUUUCCAAUUGAUGGGAUCAUACUCAGCAGCUUAGAACCAGCCAAUAUCCUUUAAAGGUCCAAUAUGCUCCACAGGUUGUCACAGUUAAGCACACAGUUAAAUAAACAGAGUUACCUUGGCAGCUAAUGCUAAUAAGUAAUCAAGUCUAUUCUAGUCAACAAGUACAACAGACAUAACGUAGCGUAAUGUUUGCUUCAAGUUCCUUGAGUAUCUCCGAGUCCUUUUUUGGAGCUCUGCGUUACAGAAAUUCCAGUCGUCCCUCUCGUCUUUCACAGGACGCUUUGAACUAUACUCUCUGCCAUUUUUGAGCAGCUCGUCUCAAUGUUUCAUUGCUGCGUUCAAGUGAGAACUCAAUAGAUCAUGGCGUGCACAUCCUAAACAGGACAUUCUGAACUCUGAGAUGGAAACAGCACACAGAGAAGUGCUGUACUAGACAUUCUAUCCACACUGACCCUGACCCCUAACUCUAACACCGUCAUAUUCAUCGCUAACAUCUGUUUCCUGAUAUCUUGUGAGGCAGAAUGUUGCAUAUUACUGCACCUUCUCUCAGGUUGUUGCUUCGCUGGUGAUGUCACUUAAAAGUUUUUCUCUCCUCUGCCGAACAUGAAAGAGUUCUUCACUUUUUGAGUUUGAGUGGGGACUUCACAACGACAAUCAACACCUUUGUAAUCGUGUCGGGAGGAUUUAAUUUCACGCUUCUACCUCUAUUUUCUAUUUGCAAUGACAGAUGUAAUUGUGUGUUUGUAUCAGUGUGGGCUGUGAUGUAGUCGUCGAGCUUCUCGGUGAACGUCAGUGUAAAUGAUUAGUUUGCCGUGUCAUUAUAUGCAAACAUUGUGUGGAGGAUGUGCUUUGCUUUCUUAGCCUGUGCUAUUCUGAAUUCUUUUAAAGGCACAAUCCGUAAUCACCUUACAGUGUCAUGUGUCAGUGCUGUGAUGUCUUUACCUCAUGAGUGCACAGUUCAGGUCCAGUGUCGUUUAGGAGGGAUUUUUGGCAGAACUUUAAUAUAAUACCCAUGUGUAAUUGUUUUAAAAUUAAAUUAGUUUGGUUUUGGUGGCCUUAGAAUGAGCCUAAUAUAUGUACUUUAAGCAAAGGCCUUGCUUUACUGAGGCUGCAAUCUUGGACUGCCAUCAUGUCUCCACAGGAGCCCAAAUGGACCGGCCAGCCAGAGCUGAAGCAGAAGUUUAUAUAUCCUUUCCAACAUUCUUUCCUUGAUGCUCUUGGGAAAUAGAGGGGAGAGCAACAAGUCCAAUUGAUUACAAUCUGCUGGCUCACCAUUAGAUAUCAUUCAUUCUUACACACUAGACCUUUAAAGUGGAAUUUCAGCCAGGUCGCUUUUUGGCCGUUUACUCUAUGAGCUCGACAGUUUUGGAGUACAUAUUUAUACGACGCCACCAUGAACGUCCAUCUAUCAAUUGUCUACCAAUACAGCUGACGCUCCCCUCUCUUGGCCAUGUGCAUUUGUUUUCGACAGAGCCAGUGAACAUAUGCCGGUUGUCAUCCAUUUCGCAUGCUUCUGUGUUCUCAAAUGAAUGGUCACACGUUUCCUUUUCCUUGCUACCUCCAACAAUUGUUUUCUCUGCCAUGAUUAAGCCGUGAACCGUGAAGCAAUUCAUCUUUCUCACAAGACCUCCCGAUACCGAGGACUCUGGGUCGGCAGCCCUGACCGUGCAAGGCUGGUUUGGAAACAGCCCCUAUCUCCCCACAACAAACCAUUUAACCGUCACAAUGACUCCUAAGCUGAUGAAUUAGGGCUAAAAUCCUGGCAUAGUUCCGCUUUAAGAACACUGAUACGUGGACCAUGUGGUCUCAAAUAUGAUGUCACAGUUAGGUCAGGCA